AGAGUGUUGGUGGCUCAGUGGCGCAGGGCGAAGAAAGGCUCAGAACUGCACGUCAGAGGCUCAGCAAGUGAAAACACAAAGAAAGGCUGCCACAGAGGACCAUGGCUUUUACAGGGAUGCUGAGCAAGGAGAACAUCAAGGCUGCAGUCCAGGCUUGUCAAGCUCCAGGCAGCUUCGACUUCAGGUCCUUCUUUGCACAAGUGGGACUCAUCGGAGCACCUGAGGCAGAUAGGGAAAAAGUAUUUACAGUUCUGGACCAGGACAAUAGUGGCUACAUUGAGGAAGAGGAGCUCAAACUGUUUCUACAGAACUUCUCUCCUGGAGCACGGGAGCUGUCUGCGGUCGAGACCAAGACGCUCAUGUCUGCAGGAGACAAAGACAAUGACGGGAAGAUUGGGAUGGAAGAGUUCUGUGAUCUUCUGAAAUCAUAAAGAGAACAUGACAUAUAUGCUCCAGCUGCCGUUCCCAACGAUGAAAGAAAUUGAAAGUGAAUUCAUUACAUGACAUUCCAUGUGAUUUUUGUGUGUGUGUUGCUGUGAUGCAGAAGAUAAAUAUUUCAAAUCAACAGAUUUGGCAAAUAGGCAGCUAAAGAUGGACAUUUACUGAGUGUGCGUUUAAUUAAUAAUCUGGGACAAUAAAUGUAUUUGUUGACUGUCAUAUGACUGCUGUCUUUAUAUACAUGACACGGGGUGCAUCCACUAUGGAAGGCGCCAUAUACAGUAUAAUUAUAAUAUGAGGUUAGAGUGUGAUUGCAUGCAACAGUGGUUAUAGUUUAUUUCCACUGGUGUGGCUAAUCAUAAUAGUGUUUUCUAUAAUGCAUUGAUGCUUAUCAACACAUCUUAACUUCAGGAAUUACAUCACCGUAAUAAAAAGAAACCUUCAUGCAUUAAACAUGUUCCCAGUCCAGUCAAAUUACAUCCAUUGAGUAGGUUUCAAGUUAGUCCUGAAAAUAAGAUAUUUAUUAUUACUUAUAUUUAUUUACAUGACUAUCCUUAUAAAGGUUAAGGCAUCGUUCCAUUUAAAUAGAGACUAUUGAUUACUACUCAUUCAACAGAUAAACAAAAAACAUAAAAAACACUUCCGCAUAACAGCCAAAACAGUCAGACAUAUUGUUGCUGAGGAGUUAAUCUGACGUGGGGAAAAACGUGAAUGUAAAUCAUUUGGAAGCAUCGUCCAGCUUUGGUAUGGACUCAAAUUCCCUGCAUGGUUUUCCUGCCUUGGGACUUUUACUGCCUUCUGCUGGACGAAGGUCGAAUUCCUGCAGAAAUACCGUGCAGUAAUUACUGGAGAUCAAAUCGUUUCCCGCAGGAGUGAACUGAUAAGAGUCUUAAACAGGAACUGGUCAAGAAUAAAAGCAUGGAAAAAUUAAAAGUAAAAAACAAACAAACAAAAAAUCCACAAAACACACCACAGCCAGAGGCGCAGGACAAAACACGGUGACAAUCAAGUCUUCUCGUGGGGUGCUAACGUUAAAUCUGUUAAUCACAAAAAGAAAGCGUUUCUUAUUUGUUCAUGGGUUCGCGGACACAAAAAUAGUGUGAAUGAUUGGUGCAUUUCCUAUUAAGGACGUCAGGGCACUGGGUUUGUUUACCCUUUAUCCCUGCCAUGUGCUGCAUUAGGAGUUCACAUGUACCAUAUGGAAAUAUUAUAUACAGUAUACGUGGCUUACCAAUGAACCAACAGGCACAUUUCUAUCACCUGAAACCAUCUCAGAGAGGUGUUGCGACACCAAAACUGACGCUGUGACAUUUUAAACCCUCACUGAAUUCAACGGUGCAAUUUCAAUCGUGCAAAAAUAAACACAUCACCCUCACUGUGAUGCAAAAAUUUUUUAAUGUGCUGUAAUUAGCAUUUCUGUGGAGACGUAAUGAUAUGGUAUUCAAAUUCAACAUUUCCUGUCUCUGGUUAAUCCAAUGACCACUUGGCAGCAGAGCCGUUAGGAUGAUGACACACUUCAAGCCAUUGCAGUUAUGUUCCCAUCUGCAACACUGCGACAGUAAAAUCGCCAUCAUUAAAUAAAUGUGUGCGGGCGAUAAAUCUCCAAAGUGCAACAUGUCCCGUGAAGUGAACGAGCUGCGGCUCUGCU